CUCAGGACUUAGCGAACACGAAACCAUAGUCUCAUCUUCAUGACUGUUUUGUGAGCUGCGAUGAUCGUGUGAAUCAAAACCUCCAACUUUCGAAAUCGUAUGUCUGUGACCCUUUGCUCCAUGGCGAUCUCUCUUUUCUCCCGACCUUUCAUCUCUCUCCGCACAACUAAAAUCUUCAACCUUCCACCGAGGGUUUUCGCCCUUAGGCUAUCAUGCUCUUUUUCAUCUGAUGGGUCCACCGGAAAUCCAUCUUUCUAUGCUGCCACUGGUGACAUGUUCAUCCAUAUGGCCUCGAAGCUCUUAAAGAAAUCCAACCAACGCUCGCCUCGGGCUGAUGAUGGAGAUAGAAUAGGAACAGUAACUGAAGAUGAGACUGAGCCAGGGAUGAUAUGGGAACAGAGCGUCAAAGAUGUAGAGGCUGAUGAGAAAGAGAGGAGGGCAAUAAUCACAAGCCCUGGUUUUAGCUUCUCUGCUGCUGGUCUUUUGUUCCCUUAUCAUCUUGGUGUUGCUCAGCUACUCAUCGAGAAGGGUUACAUUACGGACACUACCCCUUUGGCAGGAGCUUCUGCGGGUGCUAUUGUGUGUGCCACAAUAACCUCAGGAGCAUCUAUGCAAGAAGCCCUUGAAGCUACCAAGGUUCUUGCUCAUGAUUGCCGACGCAAUGGCACCGCUUUUCGUCUUGGGGCUGUGCUGAGAGAUUCUAUGGAGAGAUUACUGCCGGAUGAUAUUCAUAUUAGGUCCAACGGCAGAGUUCGUGUUGCCAUCACACAGGUGUCCUGGAAACUCAGAGGUUUACUGGUGGAUCAAUUCGACUCCAAAAGCGACCUUAUUAACGCAGUUAUUGCAUCUUCCUUUGUUCCUGGAUAUCUUGCACCAAUGCCUGCAACAAUGUUCCGUGAUCGAGUUUGUGUUGAUGGAGGCUUGACAUUGUUUAUGCCACCAACCGCUGCUGCUAAAACAGUUAGAGUUUGUGCGUUUUCGGCGAGUAAUUUCGAACUAAAGGAUAUUGGGAUCAACCCGGAUUGCAACCCUCUAAACAGGGCAACCUCAAGACAACUAUUGAAUUGGGCAAUGGAGCCAGCAGAGGACGAAGUGUUGGAGAAAUUGUUUGAGCUUGGAUACGCGGAUGCAGCUGCCUGGUCUGAGAUGAAUCCAGUCGAGGAACUGGUGGUAUAUGAUGAUACUACUUCAGCACAAGAGAUUCAAGCCAGUUACUAACACAUAAUAACUGCAUUCUUACAUUUCUUCUAACCAUAUAUAAUAGUCUGUUCACUGUCCUAUAACAAUGGAUUCUGAUUGUUUUCCCAUAAGCUGGCCUUUGUAAGUUGCAGA